AUGACCACUCACAGGUGAAGCGAGUAACGUUGAUCAUCUCCUAACAAGGCCACAUGUCAAGGUCUGGGUACAUUAGAUGGUAAGUGAACAAUCAGUUCUCAUAGUCAACAUAUUGAAUGCAGGAGAAAUGGACUGGUGUAAAGACCUGAGUGACCUUGACAAGGCUAGAUCUCUGAAACGGCAAGGCUUGUGGAGUGCUGACGACCUCUGUCCACCAUCGAAAGUGCCUACAAUAGCCACACGAAAGUCGUAACUGGACCUUGGAGCAGUGGAAGAAGGUCGGCUGGUCCAAUAAGUCCCGCUUUCUUUUACAUCACGUGGACGUACGUGUACGUGUGAGCCAUUUACCUGGGGAAGUGAUGGCACCAGGAUGCACUGUGGGAAGACGACAAGCCGGUGUAGGGAGUGUAAUGCUCUUGUCUAUGUUUAGCUGGGAAACUCUGGAUCCGGUUGUUCAUGUGGAUGUCAAUCUGACACAUGCCACGUACCUAAACAUCGUUGCAGACCAGAUACACCCCUUCAUGGCAAUAGUAUUCCCUGAUGGCAGUGGCCUCUUUCAGCAUGAUAAUGUGCCCUGCCACACUGCACACAUUGUUCGGGAAUGGUUUGAGGAGCAUCUCAAUUCGACUGAGCAUCUGUUGGAUGUGCUGGACCAAAAAGUCCAAUCCACGGCGGCUCCACCUCGCAACUUACAGGACUUGAAGGAUCUGCUGCUAAUGUCUGCUAAUGUCUACCACAGGACAACUUCAGGGGUUUUGUUGAUUCCAUGCCUUUUUUUAUAUAUAAAGUCUUUACAAUGAAAGUGAUGGAGUUGACAUAAUGGUUGAUACACGGAGAAAAAAGAAAAAGUAUCUAAAAUGAUAUUGUUUUAAUUGUUACAAUUUAUUAUUAUGACUACAUUUAUCAUUUAGAGACUGUCAUUUUCAAAUCCUCUGUUCUAUUUCAGUGACAAGCCUUUUCUAUGUGUAUUUGUGGAUGACUGUGUCUACUAAAAUGUGCUCCAUGUGCUUUAGAGCCUCUGUGAAACAUUUGUUCUGAGAGGGCAAUGAGAGGGAGAGAGAGAGAGAGUUCAUUAACCUCAGUUUUCCCAGUGUGAGUGUUUGUUGCUUGGAAUUUUUUGCGGCUCAAGUGCGCCAUCUGCUGGAAUUCAAUGUAUUAAACAAGGCAAAUCAUUCUAAUUUAUUAUGGCCAACGUUCAUUGCUUAAAAAAUAAUGAGAUGCUACAGAAAACUAUAAAAUAUUGAAUGUAAAAUAAUGAUUGACAAAAACUGUAUUAAAAAAAAAACUUUUAAACUAUAUUAAUACAUAUUAGGUGUAUUAUACACAUUUUUCAGGUAAAUCAACACAAAGGAAUAUUAAACAGUUCCUGAGGGAUAUUCAGUAUAGUGCCAGGAUAAUAAAAAUGAAUAUAGCCAGGAUGUCCUUUAUUUUUCAGAACCUUUAAAGUUCAAAUAUGAACUUCUGACCAUUAAAAGCACUGUAUAAUGACACAAUAAGAUUAAGGCAUGGGUUAUCCAAAGUUUAGUUGAAAGAAAAACAUAUUAUAGAUCGCUUGUAAUGAUCCAGUAGAUCUACAUGAAUGAGCAGUGAAGGUCAAUUAUCACUUGUUGACAAAAAACCUCUAGGUCCUUUAAGUUCCUUGGUUGCCUUGCAUGCGCUGCACGUUUGAGUUCUCUCCCACAGUGGCUCAAUGAUGUUGAGGCCCAGCUCUGCCUUAGGACAAUUGAGGGACUCAUACACAACUAUCACAAAAGGCUGCAAACAGUCAUUGAUGCUGGAAGACGCAACAUGUGAUCCACCCAAGGGAAUUUUGCGAAUGUCACACCUACAGGAGCAUCAAAUUAUCAUCUAGUUUUUGCUAAAAAGGUUGACCUUUUGCUGUAAGUGAGAGACAUUACGUAAGUAUUCAUACAAGCACUCAUGCAAAAACAUACAGUCAGUGACACACUAAAAUUAGACAAAAUAUGUGGGGGUUUUUCCCCUUAACUGAAAGAGAAAGAGUCAUUUGCAGUAGUUGAGUUGUCAAAUCAGAUUCGAAAUGAUGGGUCAAAAAGGCAAGCUACUGUUCUUUUCAACACACUUUCAGCACACACAGAAGUUACUCUAGGUGUUCUCCUCCUCUUUCAAGCAUUCCUAAUUGGCCACAUGCUGAGUAAUGUGACCAAUGUGUUGCAGGGCCGUCUCUCAUUGAGUGUGUGUUUGAAGUUCUUUAGUGCAUCUGACUUUUUGGGUGUCUCAUACAGAAGGUUGGAGGUACACAGUUCCUCAUACUCUGGAACUCUUUGGAACAUCUCAACAGGUUUCAUACUACGUCAAAGCACUGAGGAAUCCUUAAUAAACCCCAAGGAGUGACGUUUGGUGCCAGUUCCUCGCCAGUUCCCAUCGCCAUGACAAGCAAUACCAGUGACCAUAAUGCCGCCUCCUGCCUACUGAUGACCAAACCUUCUCAUCAGCGACUGGUCAGCAAGGAUGGGCGGAGCCUGAUGCGAGCCAAUGCAGGGCGCAGAGAGACGUGUUUGGGUGCCCUACGGGACAUGUGGGGGACAUGGCUGGCGCUGCGGUGGCGAUGGGUGGUGCUGGCAUUCUGCGGCUCCUUCUUGCUUCACUGGCUGAUAUUUGCGGUGCUGUGGUACCUGCUCGCCCGUGUUAACGGAGACCUAGACGUGCCCGACCAUGACAACCCACCGCCAGGCCACAUACUAUGCGUCAAGCAUGUAAAUGGCUUCACUGCCGCGUUCUCUUUUGCCCUCGAGACGCAGCUGACCAUUGGGUACGGCACCAUGUACCCCAUCGCUGACUGUCCAUUAGCCAUUGCAUUGCUCGCUCUGCAGAUGCUGCUGGGCCUGAUGCUGGAAGCCUUCAUCACUGGUGCAUUUGUGGCUAAGUUCUCUCGCCCUCAAAAGCGCUGUGGUGGGAUCCUGUUUAGUCCGCAGGCCGUAGUGUGUGAGGUCAAAGGUCAACGCUGCUUGAUGUUCCGCGUGUGUAACCUGCUUCCCAGGCCACUAGUAGAUGUGUGUGUGAGUGCUGUUCUCUAUGAAGAACGUGACGAUCACAUACUCCACCACACGGCAAUGGAAUUCACUGUGGAUGACCUGGGGUCACGUCCUUGCCCUCUUUUCCUGUCACCUCUGACAUUUUAUCACCACUUAUCUCAGUCAAGUCCCCUAAACAAUAAAUUUUCCCCAGCUAGCCAAUCACACUUCGAGUUAGUGGUGUUCCUCUCCGCCUCUCAGGAGAGCACAGGCUCUGCCUACCAUAAGAGGACGUCCUACCUGCCAGAAGAGAUCCAGUAUGGAAGCUGCUUUACCAAGGCUACUACUCUGCGCAGGAAAGGGCAGAGUAAAACCGAAUAUAUACUCUAUUUUGACACGCAGCCCUGCACACUCACACUCCCAAACACACACACCAUUGACGCAAUAGAGAAAGACAAUGUGGUGGUCCAGAUAAAUGGGGAGGGCAGUGAUGGGGUCGAGUAGCACUGGUUGAAUGUUUGUUUAUGGGUGGUUUGGUAAGUAAUUACUGCACAUCUUCUCCGUUCAUAAAAAAGUAUAUUUCAUUUCACAACAACAACCUCCAGUUUUAAACUUAUUAUACCACAAGACAACCUCAGCUAGCUAUAAUCUGACAUUGAAACCUAGUCCAUCACAACUACUUUGCUGCUACGGACACAGUGAUCUACAUUCACAUCUUCUGCUGCUCAGUACACUGUAAUAUAGCAACACAAAUGAGUGACAGUCAUUUGAGAUGUUUUUGUCAGGCCAAUUUAUGGGAGUUGAUUUUCACCUUUCAGAUUUUUUUUUAGUGGACUUUUACUGGAUACAAAUCAUCUUCACUUUGAAACUACUGAACAGUGACACCACAGCGCCUGAAGCAAAUCAUCGUGUUUGAGCCCUUAUUUAUUGUUGCGCCACCUCAGUUCAAGGCUACGGGACAUUGUUAGCACCCCGUCAACUUUAUCAGCAUUACAUGUCAGAGGGGCCAAAUUUCACCCCAGUAUAUUUGAUUAUAGCUCUAUAAAGACAGGUUGCCUUUUUGUAUGUAAAGUAUUUCUUUAUUAAAAUACACAAAAUAUUAAAGGGAUAGUUCGCCAACAUUUUUUCAUUCUGUUAUCACUUACUUAACCUCAUGUAUUUGGAAUCUGUAUGUUUUGUUUUUUUAUCUUCUGUGUAACACAAAAGUUGUUUUGCAGAAUGUCCAGGCUGCUCUUUUUCAUACAACAGAAGUCGAUGGCCAUUCAUUAUAAUUCGUUAGUCAUUAUUCACUGAAAAUGAUGACAGAAUUGACAUUUAAGAGGGAACUAUCCCUUUAAAGUGUUUAUUAUCACCCCAAAUAAGUGCCUAAAAAUAUUUUUUGAAAAGCUUGAAACGGCUUUUGAGUAGAGAGGUCACAUACUGGACUGAACAGGGGCAAACAGGCAAAUUAACAAUUAUGUAAAUAAAUAAAGUAUAUUAGAUUAUUUACUAGAUUAUUUUGGGAAAGGAAAUCUCAAUAUUAUCAGUGCAAUGCAAUUUAUGCAAAAACAGAAAAUUCAGCCAAUUUUAUUGUUGGCAUAACACUGCUUGAUCUUUAUUUUAGAUUAUUGUAAAGCUAUAGCUAUGUAGCACAUGUAUGUACUGUCCAUCAGGAAAGGCUGAAUGUUUUCACUUUAUUCUUAUAUGUAUAAACACAUGAUUUAAAAAAAAAAACUUUCUGAAAGAGAAUUGUAGUUGUAAUGUUCUCUGCAUACAGGCAAUUUACUUACCGUAAAUCCUGUCAAGCUGCAUUGAGUAAACAUUGAUCUGUAAAAAUGCCUUAAUGUUGUAUGUGGAGCACAAAAACAGGAUUAAAGUAUUUGAAGAUU